AUGUCUUUUAUUCUAACACGCAUUAGCUUCUGUUUCGCUGCUUUGCUUAUAAAUAGCUCCCUAUGUCACAUGUUGCAUGAAAGAGAGGAAACGACUUCCUUACUUAAUUUCAACAGCAAACUCAGUAUAUAUUAAAUCUUUCAAUUUCAGAAAAACGUCUUAAAACACUCCAUUUUCAGAGUGUGUUUUGGGAAGGAAAAAAUAAAAGAAAGAAAAGGGAAUGGAGUGGAGACAAUGCUAUCUGGAUGUCAUUCUUGUACCAUUGGGAUUCCUAGUUUCCGUUGGGUACCAUUUUUGGCUAUGGAGGAAGGUUCGAACUGAUCCUCUCACCACCAUCAUCGGAACUAAUGCCACCGGCCGUCGGUUGUGGGUUCAGGCCAUGAUGAAGGAUAAUGACAAGAAAAACAUAUUGGCAGUCCAGACGCUGAGGAAUUCCAUAAUGGGAUCAACCCUAAUGGCCACAACUUCCAUCCUCCUAUGCUCCGGCCUCGCUGCCGUCAUCAGCAGCACCUACAGCGUCAAGAAACCCAUAAACGACUCCGUUUUCGGCGCCCACGGGGAGUUCAUGGUGGCGCUCAAAUACGUCACCGUACUGCUCAUCUUCUUGUUCUCGUUCAUUUGUCAUUCCCUCUCCAUUAGGUUCAUCAACCAGGUGAACUUCCUGGUCAACUGCCCGCAAGACCAGACCGGGAUCGUCACCCCUGAUUACGUAUCGGAGCUUCUCGAAAAGGGGUUCGUGUUAAACACGGUGGGGAACCGGUUGUUCUACGCCGCGUUGCCCAUGUUGCUCUGGAUAUUCGGGCCGGUUCUGGUUUUCCUCUGCUCUAUAACUUUGGUUCCGGUGCUUUAUAAUCUUGACAUUGUGUUUGUGGCUGAUGCGAAGAGAAAGUUGGGGCUUCAUGAUGAUCGUGUGAGAGGGAAUUCGGACUUAGAGUUGUGAAAAUUUGAUAUUCUAAAAUUUUACCAUUGAUCCGUGCGUAACAAGUGAAAAUUAUUGGGUAUAACUGAUGUAAUAACUAGUAACACGUUUCCGGCACGUAUCCAAGUCCAAAAAAAAGAGAAAAAAAAAAUUGUACUCUCUGUGUUUCUGUAUGGAAGGAGUGGGUCGGUUGGUUUGAGAUGGAAAUCCACCACAUUAAAGCUUUGCUUCUUUAAUUUGAUUAGUUAGUUCAUCAUGCAUGGUCGUUUAUUGAUGUUAAUCCAAAUAUUAUUUGUCAAAUAUAUAUAUAUAUAUAUAUAUAUA